GUAGUUCUAGGUUGUGAUAAGAGUACAGGAUGGCCCGGUACGGUCAUCCAUGACUGGAGUAUGGAGAAAGGUCUGAAGUGUGUUUGUGUUUCCACACAGAGCCUCACGUAUUUGCAUGUCUUUUCAGCCCGCAGCCUCCUCCCUCAGCCAGAACAAAGGUGUCCCUUACUGGGUUUUGCAUCCAUGUGCAUGUUUUCCACUGUUCUCCUGCCUCUAGAUACUCUGGUACUGAAUAACUGAUACUCAAGUACUCUGCUCUGGUUUUGCAUAUGUGUCUGAUGCCAGUGGCCUGUGUGGACAGUGACACAGAGCCAGACUUACUCAGAUGGGAAACUGCAGUGCUACUGAACGCAUUCUUAGGACUUGCCCACCUACCCUAUAUGCAGGAGGAACCCAGGUUGAAAAAUGACUGUGGAGCUCCGCAGUGUAAGUGGACUUGAGAUGAGGAAACGGCAGCAGGCCCACAUCGAAGGCCCCCCCCAGGCGUCCGGACCGCCCAGGCCCAAUACCUGCUGCCUCUGCUGGUGUGGCUGCUGCAAAUGUCUCUGGAGUGAGGACCGGUUGGAGAGGAGACAAACGUACCCUAACAUGGACAGUAUCGAAGCCACAGAGGAGCAGCACCCUAGUCUAGAAGAGCUGGUGUCCUGGGCACGGAGCUUUGAGAUGAUGAUGCGUUCGUCCGAGGGGCGGGAGCUGUUCAGUGAGUUCCUGCGUUCCGAGUACAGCGAGGAGAACCUGCUGUUCUGGCUGGCCUGCGAGGAUCUGAAGAAGGAGACCAACCCCACAGCUGUGGAAGAGAAUGCCAGGAUCAUUUAUGAGGACUACGUCUCCAUUCUGUCCCCUAAAGAGGUCAGCCUGGACUCACGGGUCCGAGAGGGCAUCAACCAGACCCUGGCAGAGCCCAGCAACCUGAUGUACGAGGAGGCCCAGCUCCAGAUCUACACCUUGAUGCACCGCGACUCCUUCCCCCGCUUCCUCAACUCGUCCGUCUACAGAGACCUCCUGGACAGCCGGAGACGCUCCUGCCUGGACACUUAAAGGCACGCUGCCACGCCACAGCGCCCCCCCCCC